ACGAACAACGGAGCCCAGAAUGAAAUCCUUCGACGCCUGGAUUACUCACACCGUUCGCUCGCCCAGUUCCCCAAAAGUGCCUCUCUGUGCAUCGACCCAGAUUUCCAAUGUCCUGACUCGGUCUAAGAUGAAGGUAUGGAAGUUUGCAGCCAUAGGCACCAUGGUUUUCGGCUCCAUGCUCUCCAUUUUGGUUUGUAGAGACAUGCUCAGCCGGAGCCUCAAAUCCGCUGCCUUCCCUUUGUCGCUGUUCUCCAGAACUGACGCCACUGACGCCUCCUCCUCUCCUUCGUUGGCCGAGGGAUCCAGAAGAUUUCCGCGGGAGCUGGGACGCCGCAGGUCGCUGAUCUCCCAGUACAGCACUUUGUUUGAGAGCUACACGGAAGGGGAAAUCCACCAACUGAUCUCCACCCUGAUCGAGCGCUACAGCCAGUCCAUGAACUCGGGAGGACACGAGCUGCCUCUCUUUGCCAAAGCCGGAAACAGGAUGAAGCGCGCCAAGGCCCGCCACAAACCCUGCUCCCUCAAGGAGCUGGAAGUGACCAUCAGCGAGCUAGGCCUGGGCUACAAUUCGGAUGAGACGGUCCUCUUCCGCUACUGCAGUGGGACCUGCGACUCGGCCGUGCGGAACUACGACAUCUCCCUGAAACAUGUGCGGAGCAUGAGGAAGAUCCGGAAGGAGAAGGUGCGAGCUCGUCCGUGCUGCAGACCAUUGUCGUACGAUGACGAUGUCUCGUUCUUGGACACAGGGAACCGAUACUACACCGUAAACGAGGUGUCAGCCAAGGAAUGUGGCUGCGUGUGACCGGGAGGACGGAACGCCAAUGAGAAAGAAGAGAGUCUCCAUUCUCCCUUGGCUUCAUCCAUGGGGUACCAGCCAGGGUGCACCUCCAAGUAGGAAAGCCAAAGAGAGCAGACGAGAGAGGACCGGAUGUGGACAACCACUUGGAAGGUCUAGCUCAAGGAUGGUGAUGGAGGCACAGGGCCAAAGGACUCACGGCUGAAGAAACAGUAUCUUUGGCAGGAUACGCCGAGCAGCUGGCGAGCAGAGAUGGCUAUAUUUGGGACCUCCCCUAAUAACAUCCACCUUCUGACCAGAGGGGUGAUGAGGCACUGGACAGAAGGCCGUUCUUUUGAGUCUUGACCAACAUGCAUUCUUGGCUUCUCAGGAGUGACGUUGUGCGGUUGGGGAGAAAAAAUGAGGGCGCUUAACUCCUUCCCAGAUAUCCGUGCACGAGGAAGGGGUCUUGCCUGUGAUUUUCGACAGAUUAUGUCUGCUGACAUCUUGGAGCAACCGCUGAGAAUCUGCACGGGUGAAGCCUGGGAGGUCCUCCGUUAAGUGAUUCCAUUUGGGAACUGAAGCGGGGCCUCAAUUCCUGUCUGGCAGGCCAAGAGUUCGUUUCUUUAAAAAAAGACUUGCAGGAAAAGAGGCUGACAGGUUGUGGAAUUCUUCCCUUCUGUCGUCAGACAAGGAUUGUAAUGUUAUGUUAAUGUACAGGCUCCGUGAUCAACAGGACUGUGUAAAAAUAAUAUAUAUAUUAUAUAUAUAUAUAUAUGGAAUGUCGACCUAAGUCUAAAAUAUUGACAGAUAUGUACAAAAACCUCAUUCUUCAGUUGGCAUUUCAUCAACUUCUUAAUGGGGUCCGUUUCUAGCAGGUUCUGUACACACUGCAGAGCUGAAUUUAAGAGGCGAAGUUUGGUGCGUCGUUCAGACACAAGACACCUGUUGGGGAAUGGCAGAAGGCCCCGGGUUCAAUGAGGCCUGCUGGGAGGGAGAUACUCCUGCGAAACAUCCUGGAUUAGACGAGGCCAGUUGAGUGGGCUUAAUACAAGGCAGCUGUUCCCAAAAUCCCUAUGGCGCACAGAGAUCCUGAGGACCAGUAACUUACUUUGCUUUUAGGGGACAGGUUGUAGACUAAGAAGAACUGGAGUUUCAGCAUCCUGGAGGAUGAUUAGGGGAAGUCUGUUCACUGAUUGCCUUGCCUACCCUUGGGGUGGGAACACAAUCCUUCAGCCUGAAUAGCUCCAGGGAAUACGCUAAAUCUAAUCCACACAUUCCUAAUAUCUAAUCAGGUGUUUCUCAAUCUUGGGCCCUGGAAGAUAAGGGAACAUUUUGGCUGGCUGGGGAAUUCUGAGAAUUGAAGUCCAGGGGCCCAAGGUUGAGAAAUACUAGUUUAAUCCGUAUUUACAUCCUUGAAAUUUAAUCCCAUUCAUUCUACUCUCACCUUCGAGAGCCUCUGAGAAGUCCGAACUCUUUGCAAGCUGGCAGCCCUUCAGAGUUUUGAGGACCCUCUCAUGCCCCCCUCAACCUUCUUCCAUGCAAGCUCAAACUCCAUCCCCCACAUCUUCCUCUGAUCCUCACAAGACUUGGAUUCGAGACAAGUCCUCCCAACAUUUUAGUAGUUCCCGUUUAUCAACAUAAUGAGAUUCAGCAUCCUCAUUGCCAUCUCCUCUCCCACCUCUGUUCCCAUCUCCAGACCCCAAACUUCUCUUUGAGGCAGCAGGUGAGGAAGUCACACUAAUAUUUCUCACCUUGGACACCAUCAGGAGCGGCCAAAGAAAUAGAGGAGAGGAAGGAAAGGAAUGUAGGGAAGUCUUAUUUAACCCAAUCCUAAUCCCUAUCCAUAUUGUCCUCUCCUCCCUUCCCCUGUCUCCAUAGUGCAGGCAUGGCAGCCAUCUUGACUUUUUUGACUGCCCCCUUUCACAAAUAAGGAUGAAUGAAGCCUCUCCCCUGGGGGGGGGGAUGGGCAAGACGGUGGGGGCACAAAAGAGGGACUCUCAGAUUUAGGUCCUGCUAGGGGCAAGGAAGGAAGAGUCCCUGGGGUCUCCAGCUAUGUCUGUGAUUUUCCACCACAGAGGUGAUGCCCUUCUGAACAUUUGGAGGAACCCAGAACCCAUGUUGCUAAGACACACCUCCCUUCCCCUUCCUGGGGGUUUCUAAUCUGUUUCUUGGGCAAUCAGGGAUGGCAAUGCCAGUCAUCUUCACCACUCUGGCAGUUUGUGAGCUGGUUCCACCAGCUGUGGACCUCAGAGCGUUUGUGUCCGGAAGUCCAUGAGAACUAGCUGCUUGAAAUAGAUUGGGACCAAUUUGCCCCGGUGCUGCCCGCCUGGAUCCCUCGCCUGGAUUCCUCCAGCAGAAGGGAUCAACCCAGCCAGCCCUGAGGCUUCCCCUUUGAAACCCUGCCAGUUGUCUCUCUCCCUCUCCCUCUCCCUCUGGAGGCUUCCUUACCUUUGGACGUUAGUCUGCCGAACCCAUCCUCCUCAGCCAGGGGAGUGUAGUCCAUGCCCACCUGGGACAUGCCAAGCCAGGGUUGAUGGGCAGCUGCUGGCACAAACUGGUUUCUUUCCCCUCCAAACGGGAAUCCUGCCAAGCCCUCAGGGAACUCGCAGUCCUGGAAGGUUGGUUGCUAUGGCCCAACUUUUCUGUGCCCAUCCAGCUGACCUCCCUCCCUCCCUUUGGCAGGGCCCCAUUCCUAACGCUCCUCCUUGGCAGCCCCACCCCAGAGCCCCUCGCCCCACCUCCUCGGACUCAAGCCCUUCUUUGAACUUCCCCCCCUCCCCCGUCCUCUGCUCAUCCUCCCCAGAGAGAGGAGGGGAGUAAAAAAAUCCCCAUCCCCAAUUUCAUUUUGAUCACCUUGGGACUGACCAGAGCUCUCCGCCCCCCAGGCUAGCCGGCCUUGUUGCCUGUGAAGGGACCCUCCACCCCAGACUUUGAGGGCUCUUCCCCUCCCCCUUAGCUACCUCCUUCGUCUUCUCGGCACUUCCUCUCCCCACCUGUCCAGAGAUUUUCCUGGGGUGCAACAACAUUCUCCAAUGAAAGCUCCUUCCACCGUCAGUGGUUUCCAUUUAGCCCUCUAGCCCCCCUCCUCUCGUUGACCCCCUUUCUGGGUUCCUGGGGACCGUGGCAUGAAGCAGAGGCAGAAGAAGGCGGGAAGCGAGUGUCAGCAAUGAUCCUUCCCUGUGCUUGCCCCUUUUUCCCGUUUGACCCACAAGAGCGGCCAUAGGGACGGAGCUUGGGAAGAGCCCCAGGAUGAGUCUUCCAACUCCUAUGGGGUGUAGGGAUCUGUUUGACACCCCCCCCCCCCAGGAAAAGGAGGGAGGCAUCCUGAGCAGUCAGAGGGCGGCUGCUCCCCUUCACCCCAUAAUUGGGCUCCCCUUGGAAGAAUCUAUGGGGCAGGUAUGGACAGGAAUGAAUGGAAGCGGCCAGAGCAGCUUCACCCCAGCAAAUUCUCUCUGGGGAAUUUUGUUCCCCAGCGACCUCCUUUCCCGUCCCAGCUCUUCUAUGGGUAGUCCUCGGCUUAUAACCAAAACGGGGCCCAGAAUUUCUGUUCCUAAGCAAGGCAGUUAACUAAGUUGCACCUCGUUUUACGACUGUUUCUGCAACGGCCAUUAAGCAAAUCACAGGAGCGCUUACCAACCACACCUAAAUUCUAUUAAAGGAACCAAAAUAUCUUUGCGAUCUCCAAGGAAUGCCCAAACUUUUGAGCACGCUUAAAGUUUGGAAAUUGAAGACUGAAAAAUGUGACAUGGCUGAAAACAGGUUGGGAGCUGGCUGGCAAUGAUAUUACCUGGGAUACUACAACCGUCAUAAGUACAUGCCAGUUGCCAAGCCACCUAAAUUUUGAUCAUGUGACCACAGAGAUGCUGGAAUAGUUGUAAGUCACUUUUUGAGUGCCAUUGUAACUUUGAACGGUUGCUAAACGGACGACUGUAAGUCAAGGACUCCCUAUAAGGGAGAUGUUUUCCCAGCUGGAAGCCCCUGGCAUCUCUGGCUGGUGGGGCCCCGGGCCCCUUCUGCCUAUGUUAAACUUUUCCCCGCCUUGCAAAAUUGACAGCUGUCCCUUAGUUUUAUUCCACCAAUCCGGAGCUCUCGUUUCAUCCAUGGGCUGUCCUAAACUUUCUCAUCGAAUUCGGCUUAAGAAGUUGAUGCGAUAAUCUCUGUAUUUUAUUAUAGAUGAACUCUAUUUAUUCAAUGUUUAACUUAUGAUAUAUUUAUUUAGCUAUCAUCCAAAGUGCAUUUGAAGCUUUCUGGGGACUGUUCUAUCUUAAUUUCCGGCUUUUCCUUGUGUUUUUCUUGUUUUGUUGUUUUGUUUUAAUUUAUUGCACAAAAAUGGUACCAAAGUU